AUGGUAGAAGAUAGACCACCAAGGGUGACUUUUGAGGACUAUUCUAGUUCUACCAUGCCGCAGUUUUUCACUAGCAUUGCUCGUCUAGAAGUUCAAGCAACAAACAUUUCCUACCCACACUCAUUGAUUCAGCUCAUUCAAGGCAAUCUUUUCCAUGGUUUACCAAAUGAAGAUCCCUAUGCUCACUUAGCCACAUACAUUGAAAUAUAUAAUACUGUGAAGAUAGCAGGAGUUUCAGAAGAUGCCAUAAGACUCAAUCUAUUUUCAUUUUCGCUAGCUGGAGAAGCUAAGAAAUGGCUGCAGUCAUUCAAAGGGAACAACCUGAAAACUUGGGAAGAGGUAGUUGAAAAAUUCUUGAAGAAUUUACUUCGGAAGACUCCCACUCAUGGGUUUAUCGAACCCAUUCAGCUCAACAUCUUCAUUGAUGGCAUGCGCCCCCAAUCUAAACAGUUACUUGAUGCUUUAGCUGGGGGAAAAAUUAAAUUAAAGACUCCUGAUGAGGCCAUGGAAUUGAUUGAGAACAUGGCAGCCAGUGACCAUGCCAUAUUGCGUGAUAGGACUCACACUUCCAUAAAUAGAAGUUUGUUGGAGCUCACAUCACAUGAUGCUUUGUUGGCACAAAAUAAGUUGUUGACUAAACAGCUUGAAACUCUUAGAGACUUUGAAUACACUUCUGACACAGUUACAUACAAUUCAACCUAUUCAUUUUGCAAUCAUGCAAGUUGGAGGAUGCAACAUAUGUGGGGGAGUUCAUGA